AUGUCUUGUGGACUUGACUGGCGAUCGCCAGUGAAGGCACAAGCGACUAUGGACAAUCCAAAACCCGUCUACGCCAAAGUCAUUCAUGCUGAACUUAAAAUCAUCGGUUACACCAAUUAUCACAGCCGCCUGGUUACGUUUUCUCGAGAGGAGGCACGAUGUGACCAAAACAAUGAAUGUUCUUCCGCCUGA